AUAUUGAAGUAGUUUCUUACAAUUCCAAAACAUCCUUAAAAAACAUGAUAAGGAGGCUAUUAAUAUUGUAAAGUAUUUGAAUUUUAAUUAGACCUCGUCAGCAUUAAUCGGUUUGGUUGGGGUCAAAAGGUGGCCGUAGAGAGUAAUAAAUGAUUUGUUAAUCACGUGUUAAUUACAUUGGCGUUUUGUGACGGCUAUCUAAUUCAAUAUUCAACUUAGUUUCAAAUUCAAAUUUUGUAACUUCUAUAAAACCCUCCUUUUCUUUUGUUUUUCUUCUCAAUUCGAAAUACAAUUCAUUAAAAUGAGUAGAAUUACGGGUUCGGUUGGUUCGGUUGCUUGCCUCUUGUUUAUUGGAACUCUCUUACCCGUCAUUGUUGCUGUUGACCACGAGGUUGGAGGUGAUUUUGGUUGGAACUUGCCUCCGAUGCUCACCUUCUUCUCUAAAUGGGCUCGUAAUACCACGUUUUUUGUCGGUGACAGGCUAAAAUUUAUACCACGAGCCAACGAGACACACACAUACACCGAAGCCGAAUCUCAAAAGGAUUAUGAUGGAUGCAUAGAACAAGGAAUAGUGUUUGAUUCCACCAUUAUUUUAACCCUACACAAUCCUCCUCGUCGUCGCUACUUUGUGUGCACUGAUGGUAACCAUUGCAACAAUGGCAUGAAAUUUUCCAUUGAUGUCUUACCCAAAGCAACAACAACGCCCAAUAUGGCACUCAAAAUUGAUGUCUUCCCCUUGCUUCUCUUCAUCACUAUCAUGGCUAAUAUGUUCUUUGUUUGA